GUUCAGCCCGAGAGGCCGGCGUCUUUCCCCCAGUUUGCUGUUCACCGGUGCGCUCGGGACUUGCCGAUAGUGGUGACGGCGGCAACAUGUCUGUGGCGUUCGCAGCCCCGAGGCAGCGAGGCAAGGGGGAGAUCACUCCCGCCGCAAUUCAGAAGAUGUUGGAUGAAAAUAACCAUCUUAUUCAAUGUAUAAUGGACUAUCAGAAUAAAGGAAAGACCUCAGAGUGUUCUCAGUAUCAACAGAUGUUGCAUACAAACUUGGUCUACCUUGCUACAAUAGCAGAUUCUAAUCAAAAUAUGCAGUCUCUUUUACCAGCACCACCCACGCAGAAUAUGCCUAUGGGUCCUGGAGGGAUGAAUCAGAGCGGCCCUCCCCCACCUCCACGCUCUCACAACAUGCCUUCAGAUGGAAUGGUAGGUGGGGGUCCUCCUGCACCACACAUGCAGAACCAGAUGAACGGCCAGAUGCCUGGACCUAACCAUAUGCCUAUGCAGGGACCUGGUCCCAAUCAACUCAAUAUGACAAACAGUUCCAUGAACAUGCCUUCAAGUAGCCAUGGAUCUAUGGGAGGUUACAACCAUUCUGUGCCAUCAUCACAGAGCAUGCCAGUACAGAAUCAGAUGACAAUGAGUCAAGGGCAACCAAUGGGAAACUAUGGCCCCAGACCAAAUAUGAAUAUGCAACCAAACCAAGGUCCAAUGAUGCAUCAGCAGCCUCCUUCACAACAAUACAAUAUGCCACAGGGAGGUGGGCAGCAUUACCAAGGCCAGCAGCCUCCUAUGGGAAUGAUGGGUCAAGUUAACCAAGGCAAUCAUAUGAUGGGUCAGAGACAGAUUCCUCCCUAUAGACCACCUCAACAGGGCCCACCACAGCAAUACUCAGGCCAGGAAGACUAUUAUGGGGACCAAUACAGUCAUGGUGGACAAGGUCCUCCAGAAGGCAUGAACCAGCAAUAUUACCCUGAUGGUCAUAAUGAUUACGGUUAUCAGCAACCGUCGUAUCCUGAACAAGGCUACGAUAGGCCUUAUGAGGAUUCCUCACAACAUUACUACGAAGGAGGAAAUUCACAGUAUGGCCAACAGCAAGAUGCUUACCAAGGACCACCCCCUCAACAGGGAUAUCCACCUCAGCAACAGCAGUAUCCAGGGCAGCAGGGCUACCCAGGACAGCAGCAGGGCUACGGUCCUUCACAGGGUGGUCCAGGUCCUCAGUAUCCUAACUACCCACAGGGACAAGGUCAGCAGUAUGGGGGGUAUAGACCAACACAGCCUGGACCACCACAGCCACCGCAGCAGAGGCCUUAUGGAUAUGACCAGGGACAGUAUGGAAAUUACCAGCAGUGAAAAAGUACUUACAUUCCAAUAGCCUGUAUCUAUUAGCAGCCAUAUUGUCACCUCAGCACUGUGGACACCUCCUUGUGAAGAGAUCCUUCCAUUCCAUCUAGUUUUUGGAAAAACCUUGUGGAUAAGUGGCUGUUUCAUCAGUAAGCAGUCUUUGUGGCUUAGUUGUAAAAGGCUUUAGUAGCUCAAAUAUACUCUUAAUUUCGCAUUUCUACUCUAGAUGGCAACAUUGGACAGAAAAUACGACAUAACCAAUUUGCAAUGAUUUCGGAACUGUGUUUCAAAUGGACUGUUACAGACUGAAAGGUGUGAACAGCUUUGUAUGUUUAUGAAGGUUAAGGGAAUUUAAUACUUUUCCACAGAUUCUUUUGUAAGGGGAAGAGGGAAAUGUACACUUUUUACAGCAGCAAUAUUUUGUAUAUUAUGUUUAUUUCGUGUGGUGAAUAUGCAAGGCGGUACACUACGCAUUGGACAGAAUCAUAGAUCCUCUAUUAUUGUGGAUUGGAGCAUGGUGGAUGCUUGGAUGUGUUGGUCUCAAAAUGGUGUACUAUAAAGACAAAGGUGAGGGAGAAGGAAAAGCACACCAUAUGUCCACUGUUAAUGUUUUUUAGAGGAAAUUCAGAUGUGUUUUAUCUGUUAGAUAAUCAAGAACACUGUGAUACAGUUUUGAGUAAAAUGACGUUUUUUUAAAGCUUU